AUGCCGCGUGCCUCCUCCAGGAACCACCAACGGGAAAUAUCCCACCUCUGGCACUUCCCCAACCAAUGGGAGCUCUCCGGGAAUCCCUAUUCUAGCUCUGAUUUCCUCCACACCAAAYACAGCUUUUCCAUGAACAUAUCAGAGUCUGAGGAAAAGAAACAGGGGUCCCUGAAGAGUCGCUGUGUGAUCAUAGGGCGUGCCCAGAGAGAAGGCCUGGUAUUUGGUCUGUGUGGCGAGGGCGGCAGCCAGGCCUCUGGUGACAGCACCAUGCUCGGAAUUCUGAGAAGGUUUAUGGCCUUCUUUCAGAGGAGGGAAAACCCUAAUAGACAUCUGGGGCUCCCACAAGGUGACACCAAAUUGAAAACUGUGCAGGGAGUUGUGACAAGUUUAUGUGACGAUUAUGGCUUGAUUGAUGAGUCCAUCUACUUCAGUACUAAUAUAGUGACUGAAAACAUGCCUCUGAAAAUUGGACAGAAAGUUACUGCAGUUGUGGAAGAAGAUAAAACAUCUGUUGAAUUGAAAGCAACCAAAGUGGAUGUCAUCCCUGAUAAUUUUGAUGUCACUAAACCACUGGACUCCAAAAUCAGAGUUUUAGUUGGUUAUGUUACCUGUAUAAAGAAAGAUACUGUCUACAUUGAUAAAAAAACUUACUUCUCUAUAGACAUUGUUUCUGAAGGUUUUGUGCCUUAUAAGGGUGACUGGUUAGAAGUUGAAUAUUCCACACAGCCAGGCACCUCAAACAUCAAGGCACACUCUGUGAAGCCGAUGAACUGUAAGCAUGUGGAUGAGGUCUGCAUUACUAGCCUGCAGGAAAGACAUGGGAUGAUAGAUUAUACUAUCUUUUUCACCUUGGAUUCUCUGAAACUUCCUGAUGGAUAUGUACCUCAACCAUAUGAUGUUGUCAAUGUGGUAAUAGUGGAGAGUGUUCAGCUGUGCUGUGUUUGGAGAGCAGUUUCUAUGACUCCAGUGCAAAGGUCAUCAUAA